GGGCGCCAGCCGGAGAGCCGGGCGGAAGGAGGCGAGGAGGGAGCGGAGCUGCGCGGUGAGGCGGCUGCUGCUGCUGCUGCGGGGAGUGCGUGCCGGGGACGCUGCCGCUCCAGCCCCGCGUCCGGCCCUGCGGCUCCUCCGUGCUCGCCCCGCUGCGCACAGGUAACCGCGGAGAAGGAGGCGCGGAGCGGAGCAGCGCGGAGCAGCCUUCCCGGCCGCGAUGCUGCGGGCCGCCCUUCCCUGCCGGGGCCGCGGGCGCUGCGAGUGCCCCGGGCGGCGCUGCCACUGACAGCGGAGCCUGCGCCGGCCACCGGGACCCACACUUGCCUUCUUUUUUUGUUGAUUCUGCCGUUCUUGAGAUACCGCUAUCCUCCUUCCACGGACUGCGGGCAGGUCCUGUCUGACUCUCUGGGAUUUUUACCCCUCUAUUUUCAUUUCCUGUCUGAAAGUAUAUUUAUUUUUAAUAAAUGAAAAAAAAAAUCGAGCCACAAAUCCAGUUGAUAUCACGUUCCCCUUCCUGUGGAGUUAAAAAAAGUUUACUCCCUCCCCUCCUGUUUUAUUGACACUGAGGAUGAAGGAGGAUUUGCAAGUGAAAGCGCCUUGAAAUACAACAUCUUUUGGAGGGAGCUCUGCAGUUUGCCUGUUGAGUCUCGAAUUCCACCCUUUGCCCCUGCUGAAUCCUCUGCUCUGCCCUUUACUCUCCGGGGUAAAAAACCAAACAACAACAACAAAAACCCGAGGGAAAAAAAUACCUUUGGCAGCAGGGAAGCUUUGUGUGGCUGACCCAACGAGCUACAAGUGUCCAGUUUCUGAAAAGAAGAAAACCCUUUUGUCUUCAGCAGAUCAGUAGAAUUAUUUUGGAAGCGAGGAGAGUGUCAAGUGAUCUGGCGUACUGAAGAGGAGACCGAAGCCGGCUCCGAGUGGCGAUUUUGGACUUGCGGGAGGAAGGCCGGGGGGUCUCCCCAUGUGGCAGAUCUGCUCCUCCUCACCAAGGAAGUCUCAGUGAAGGAAAUAGGUAUGUGCCACGUCAACUAGCCUGUCAGAAGAACCACGUGCCAGGCCGCUUGGCAAGCCUUGAAUUCCUCGUUUGGUCAAGGGCAGCUUUUACAUUCCACCCAAAAGGCACCGCAGUUUGAGAUGAGGAAUUCAGAAGAGCAAGCAGCUACGACAGUUUUACAGCGCCUGCUGCAGGAGCAGCUCCGAUACGGAAACCCAAAUGACAACCGUAACCUUCUUGCCUUACACCAGCAAGCCACAGGCAAUGCCCCCCCUUUCAACAGCACUGGGAGUCCAGCAUCUCAGAACGAAGGGCUGAGCUCCCAGGACCACCAGCUUGUGACUCAUGCUGCCCGUCAGGAGCCCCAGGGCCAGGAGAUACAGGUGGACAACAGCAUCAUGGAGAAGCAGCUCUCCCCGCGACUUCAGAACAGCGAGGAUCUCCCGACCUACGAGGAAGCCAAAGUCCAGUCGCAGUAUUUCAGGGGCCAGCCGCAUGCUAGCGUCGGGGCGGCGUUUUAUGUAACGGGGGUCACCAACCAAAAGAUGAGGACUGAAGGGCGGCCCACGGUCCAGAGGGUGAGCCCAGGGAAGGUCCACCAGGAUGAAGGACUUAAGGACCUCAAGCAAGGGCACGUCCGCUCCUUGAGCGAGAGGCUGAUGCAGCUGUCCUUGGCCACCAGUGGCGUGAAGGCCCACGCGCCUGUCACGAGUGCGCCGCUCUCCCCCCUCUCUCCGCUUUCUCCUCAGCAGUCCAGCGACCCUUAUAAAAAUUCUGGCUCCAAUGAGUUCUACAAGAACUCAGUGCAGCCCCCUUCGCAGCCCAACAUGAAAGGAAUGGAGCAGCGGGGUCCUCCUCCAGAGUAUCCUUACAAAAAUGUGUCCACCCCGUCUAUGAACUGCAAACCUCAGGACUCGGGACAUUUCUAUGGUGACCAUCGCAUGAGCCAGCAGGGAAGAUCUGAUGGGCCUAUGAUGAGGUAUCAGCAUCCCCCUGAGUAUGGGUCGGUCAGGCAGAACCCAGAUGUGCAGCUGCAGUUACAACAGAGACCGCCUCACCACCACAGCCCAACUUCUUCUUUGACUUCCCUGGGAUCUUUGACUUUGCUUCAGUCUCCGCCACCAUCCAGGCUGUCCCCUUCCCAGCAUCAGCCACCUCUGACUCCGAGCCAGGGAGAUCCUGGUGUUCUGCCGCGGACCCAGCAGCCGUUCCUGUCAAACCAGGUCCAUCAGGGAGAUCUGUACCGACUAUGCCAGCCCUUCCUAGGCGCGCAGCAGCAGCAGGGCGAUUCCUAUUCAGUGAUGUCUCGGGCUCAGCAGAUACCUUCCCCGUAUCAGCAGAUGCAAGUAGAUCCUUUUGCCAUAGUUUCCAGGGCCCAGCAGAUGGUGGAAAUCCUGUCAGAAGAGAACCGGUCACUACGACAGGAGCUGGAUGGGUGUUAUGAGAAGGUAGCCCGGCUGCAGAAGCUGGAAACAGAAAUUCAGCAAGUUUCAGAGGCGUACAAAAACCUGGAGAAAUCGUCCUCUAAGCGGGAUGCCCUGGAGAAGGCCAUGAGAAACAAGCUGGAAGGAGAAAUUCGGAGGCUGCAUGAUUUCAACAGGGAUCUAAGAGAACGUAUGGAGACAGCCAACAAGCAGCUUGCGGAGAAGGAGUUUGAGGGGUCUGAAGACAAUCGGAAAACCAUUUCUCAACUCUUUGCACAAAACAAGGAAACACAGCGGGAAAAAGAGAAACUGGAAAUAGAACUGGCUGCUGCGCGCUCUACCAACGAGGACCAACGAAGACACAUCGAGAUCCGAGACCAGGCCUUGAACAACGCUCAGGCCAAGGUGGUGAAACUGGAGGAGGAGCUCAAGAAGAAGCAGGUCUACGUUGAGAAGGUGGAGAAGAUGCAGCAGGCCCUGGUGCAGCUGCAGGCAGCGUGUGAGAAACGGGAGCAGCUGGAGCACCGGCUGCGGACGCGGCUGGAGAGGGAGCUGGAAUCUCUCCGCAUGCAGCAGCGCCAGGGGACAUCUCAGACUGCCAAUGUCUCGGAGUACAAUGCCACGGCGCUUAUGGAACUCCUGCGGGAGAAGGAAGAAAGGAUUCUUGCUCUGGAAGCUGACAUGACCAAGUGGGAACAGAAGUACCUGGAGGAGAGUGUGAUGAGGCAGUUUGCUUUGGAUGCAGCUGCAACUGUGGCUGCUCAGAGGGACACGACGGUGAUCAGCCACUCGCCCAACCCCAGCUACGACACCUCGCUGGAAGCUCGCAUUCAGAAGGAGGAGGAAGAGAUCCUGCUUGCCAACAGGAGGUGUCUCGACAUGGAGGGAAGGAUCAAGACUCUGCACGCUCAGAUCAUUGAGAAGGAUGCCAUGAUCAAAGUCCUGCAGCAGCGCUCCCGCAAGGAGCCGGGUAAGACCGACCAGCUCUCCUCGAUGAGACCCGCCAAGUCGCUGAUGUCGAUAUCGAACGCUGGCUCGGGCUUGCUGUCCCACUCGUCCACGUUGAGCAGCACCCCCAUCCUGGAGGAGAAGAGGGAAGACAAGAGCUGGAAAGGCAGCCUAGGUGUUCUGCUGGGAACAGAAUAUCGCUCCGAAUCCAUUCCCUCCACCCCGUCUCCUGUCCUUCCUUCCACACCGCUGCUUUCAGCCCACUCCAAAACAGGCAGCAGGGACUGCAGCACCCAGACUGACCGGGGGAACGAACAGAGCAAAGCUGCGCCUUCCGCUGCAGCCCCCGCACCGGGACGGUUCCCCAGCACCAGCCUGGCCUACGGUGCGGACAAACCAGAUGGGCCGCUCUUCCACUCCAGCACUCUCGAAAGAAAAGCCCCUGUUCAGAGCAUGGGCCAGGACCUCCCAGAUGGAGAGAUGGUCGAAUACCUCAUCUGAAAAGCCGUGCCAGGAUCUGAGCUGGGAUACAGUAGCAAGAAAUUUGUAAAAGACGUUUUUAUUGGGAAAAAAAUGUAGUACCUGAGUAAUAAAAGAACACUUAGCUGUUUGCUCUUGUA